AUGCGAAUUUCUGAUCUUCAUCCGGAGGUCCACUUGCACGCCAUUAAAAGCGGCCUCCACCCUGGCAAAUUCCAAGAAGCUAUUGCAGUAGCCAAGCCAAAGACUCUGGCCGAGUUUAGGGAGAAGGCCAAAGGGCAGAUAGAUAUCGAAGAGCUCCGUCAAGCACGACGAGCAGAAAAGUCGGCCUUCGCAAAAGACGAUGAUAAACCUCGGGAGAGCAAGAAAAGUUUCAAACUCGUGCCCCGCUACGAGUCCUACACUCAGUUCAACACAAAGAGAGAAGACAUUAUGAAGGAGAUAUUAAAUUCCAAGUUAAUUAAGCCUCCCCGUAAGGCUGGCAGUUACCCUGAGCCAAAAAAUAUUGAUAAAUCCAAAUACUGCACCUUUCACCAAAAACAUGGCCACAUCACCGAUGAAUGUGUGAUUACUAAAGAUCUCCUGGAGUGCUUAGCGCGGCAAAGACAUCUUGAUAAAUUCAUUGCAGGACACAUGCAGAAACAUCAAAUUCCAAACUCCGACCAACCUGCAACAGCUUCGUCGUCCAAAGAGAAAGACAAAACCCCGGCUCAGCCUAGAGGGGUGAUUAACUGUAUUUCAGGAGGUUACACCGGCGGAGGAGAGACAAACUCGGCAAGAAAGCGCACAUACAGAGCUAUGUUGGCAGUUGAACAAUCUGCCAGCAAUCCUCAACCAACCCCAGACGUCCCUGAAAUGACUUUCGGCUGUGCUGAUUUCAAAUUCGACCACGUCAACUUUGACGAUCCCGUGGUGAUCUCAAUUCAAUUGGGAGACCUUAUAGUUCGGAAAGUGUUACUUGAUCCAGGAAGCAGCGCCGAUGUGCUAUUCUUUGCCACAUUCCAGAAAAUGAAGCUCAUCACUCAUAUUCUACAGACUUACUCGGGAGAUCUAGUCGGAUUUUCAGGGGAGCGAGUCCCUGUGCUAGGAUCAGUGUGGUUACAAACCAUACUCGGUGAGCAGCCAUUAACUAAGACACAAGAUAUACAAUAUCUUGUAUUCGAUUGCUUUAGUCCUUACAAUCUUAUAUUGGGGAGACCUUUUUUAAAUAGAUUUGCUGCUAUUGUUUCAACUCUUCAUCUUUGUAUCAAGUUUCCUGUACAGGACAACAUAGUUGCAACUGUUCAUGGUGAUCUGCAUGAAGCUCGGCAAUGCUACAAUAUCAGCCUUAAGCUGAUUAAAAGAAGCAGUCAGGCGCGUGUCAAUUCAAUACAAUCUGGACAACCAAUGCUAACCGAGCUUGAUCUAAGGGCCGACUUUGAAGAUCGCCCUACACCAAACAAAGAUCUGACAAAAGUUAUCCUCUCCGAGGAUCCAACCAAGUUCACCUUUAUCGGAACAUCCAUCAACAAUGAUGAAAAACAAAAGCUGAUCAAUUGCUUACGUCAGAAUGCUGACCUAUUUGCUUAG